UAGCAGGACUCAAAAAAUAUAACAGGGAGUAUUCUCUUAUUACAGAUAAAUGAUUUAGCAUUUAGCAAUCAAUCACAUCAGAGUAACAUACACCAGUGCACUAGCUCGGGCAUAGGCAUCGUGUCUCGAAAUUUCAGGCGAGAUUAUAUCAAGCUAUUUCUCCGGUUCCAAAGAUGAGUUUCGCGAAGCGAGAGCACGAGUUCCUCAAGGAGAUCGGAAUCGGCCCUAGAAACCUCGGCUGCUACGUCAAUGGAGCGUGGAAGGCUAGUGGACCUACGGUCUCCACUGUAAAUCCUGCCAACAAUGAGAUCAUAGCCGAAGUUGUUGAAGCUUCGAUUGAAGAUUAUGAAGAAGGCAUGCAGGCUUGUAGCGAAGCAGCAAAGCUGUGGAUGCAGAUUCCAGCACCAAAAAGAGGUGAUAUUGUUAGGCAGAUUGGUGAUGCACUUAGAGCAAAACUUCACUACUUUGGCAGACUUGUUUCACUUGAAAUGGGGAAAAUACUACCAGAAGGAAUUGGGGAGGUUCAAGAAAUUAUUGACAUGUGUGACUUCGCUGUUGGUUUGAGCCGACAACUAAAUGGAUCAGUCAUACCAUCAGAACGCCCUAAUCAUGCGAUGUUGGAGAUGUGGAAUCCUCUAGGGGUAGUUGGUGUAAUUACAGCUUUUAACUUCCCAUGUGCAGUUCUUGGAUGGAAUGCAUGCAUUGCCUUAGUAUGUGGCAACUGUGUUGUCUGGAAAGGUGCUCCAACUACACCAUUGAUUACAAUAGCAAUGACAAAAAUUAUUGCUGGGGUGUUAGAGAAAAACAAUUUGCCUGCUGCAAUUUUCACUGCUUUUUGUGGGGGUGCUGAAAUUGGUCAAGCCAUAGCAAAAGAUACCCGAAUCCCUCUAGUGUCAUUCACUGGUAGCUCAAAGGUGGGUCUUUCAGUACAACAAACAGUAAAUCAGAGGUUUGGUAAAUGCUUGCUUGAGUUAAGUGGUAAUAAUGCUAUAAUUGUAAUGGAUGAUGCCGAAGUUGAACUUGUGGUUCGCGCUGUUUUGUUUGCUGCGGUUGGAACAGCCGGUCAGCGCUGCACAACGUGCCGUAGGCUGCUUCUUCAUGAAAGUAUAUAUCACAAAGUAGUUGAACGACUUCUUGAUGUAUACAAGCAAGUUAAGAUAGGGGAUCCUUUAGAGAAGGGCACCUUGCUUGGACCACUGCAUACACGUGCUUCAAGGGAGAACUUUGAGAAGGGAAUUCAGAAAAUUAUAUCCGAGGGAGGCAAGAUCCUUACAGGAGGUUCAGUUAUACCAUCUGAAGGGAACUUUGUGCAGCCUACAAUAGUAGAAAUAUCUCCAAGUGCUAACGUCGUGAAAGAAGAGUUGUUUGGCCCAGUUCUUUAUGUUAUGAAAUUUAAGACAUUUAAGGAUGCAGUUGAAAUAAACAACUCUGUGCCUCAGGGUUUGAGUAGUUCAAUCUUCACCAAGAAACCUGAAUAUAUAUUCAAGUGGAUUGGUCCUCUAGGAAGUGAUUGUGGUAUUGUUAAUGUGAACAUACCAACAAAUGGAGCUGAGAUUGGUGGUGCUUUUGGAGGAGAAAAAGCUACUGGAGGUGGUCGUGAAGCGGGGAGCGAUUCCUGGAAGCAAUAUAUGAGACGCUCAACUUGCACAAUCAACUAUGGGUCUGAAUUACCCUUGGCACAAGGAAUAAAUUUUGGUUGAGAGAAAUGUCUAUAUGAGGUCACAGGUUCUGGGCUCCUCUUAUUACUUAUCCUAGACAAACUGAGAGUUACUCAGGUUAUCUAUCUCUAAAGUUGAACAACCAAAUCUCAAAUACUGCAGUGGCUGAUGAUCUCCAUUCUGUCUCCUUGUCUUGAGCGGAAAUCCCAGGUCUUUCCAUUCUAAUCUGCAGUCCUUGAAACACAACUCUUCUGAAUUACAUUGAAUAAUAAGAACACUUUAUUAUACUAAUAAUCCAUUCAGAAGUUUCUUCAUUAUUAUUAA